CCAGUACACAUCCAGGAAUGACUUCUCCUCUGCUGGCCAGGAUAGCACCGUCCAGCGCUGAAAGCUAACUGCCAGAGAGGAAGUGCGCAGGUGGCACUGUGUAUAGAGGAAGUGCUGCGACUCGUGGCCACACCUGCCAGGAGCCACAGGAGAGAUGGAGCAGCCGUUCGUGCUAUGCGAUGAAGACGACGACCCAGAACCACAGCAGAGUCGUCAAGAACCCAGUCAAGUCCACGAUGACGAUGCCGAGCUCAUCUUUGUAGGGGUGGAGCAUGUCAAUAAAGAUGCUGAACUGAUCUUUGUUGGAAUGACUUCAAGUUCAAAACCAGUCAACUCAAACAUUCUGAACAGAGUCACUCCAGGUUCACGGUUAAAAAGAAAGCGUGAUGAGCUUAGAAAAACUACCACUCAAAGAUCGCAGCCCUCAGGUACUGCCACCCCCACGUCAGAGACAGUGAUCGUCCUGCCGGCAUCUCCAGCUGAAUCAAGAGCCACAGACAGUCCUAUUAUUAUUGAGCCUUUGUCUGGACCUGAAAGUAGUUCACCACAAGUUGUGCCUAAUAGCUCUUCAGAAUGUUGCUCACCUUCGACUGCACUCUCAAGGUCCAAGCGUAGUCCCAGAAGGGUAGCACUUUCAGGAGGAGAGUUGAGUGAAAGGUUGGAUGUAUCCAAGUGCCGUUCUGUUCCUGAGGUAAAGGUGGUAAAUCCACAGAGGCCUGAGCCUUGUGUAGAAGUUGUAGAAGAGUGUUCUUCGGCUUUGUCCCCUUCAGGUACUUCCCACCGUACCUCGAAUCCUCAACAGAGGGGACCCUCCUUUGGUGUUCCUAACUCAUUAAACCUAUUUGUGAAUGGAGCAUCUCUCUCAGAGUACCCUGUCCACGUCAGUUCUACAAAUGCCCACCCUGCCCACCCUCACCGGAAAAAUGGAUUGGCAGAAACAGACUCUUCAAGUCUAGCAAGUCAAGAGACCUUUGACCCCAAGAAAGGAAGUUUGACCCUGCUACUUAGUGACUUUUAUUAUGGACAGUAUAAAGGAGAUGCACAGCCAGACCAGAAGAAGACUCACACAGCCUUUAAGUGCCCCAGCUGCUUGAAAGCUCUAAAAAACAUUAAAUUUAUGAACCACGCCAAACAUCAUUUGGAAAUCGAGAAGCAAGGGAGUGACGGCUGGGAGGGCCACACCACCUGCCAGCACUGCCACCGGCAGUUCCCCUCUCCCUUCCAGCUGGAAUGUCACGUGGACCGUGUCCACACGGCUCCGGACCCGUCUGUGGUCUGUAAAAUCUGUGAGCUGUCGUUUGAAACAGAUCAAGUUCUCCUGCAGCACAUGAAGGACAAUCACAAGCCUGGGGAGAUGCCCUACGUGUGCCAGGUGUGCAAGUACAGGUCGUCCGUCUUUGCUGACGUGGAGAUACACUUCAGAAAGUGCCACGUAAACACCAAGAACUUGCUCUGUCUGUUUUGUCUUAAAGUUUUCAAAACUGGAAUGCCAUACAUGUGUCACUAUAGGGGGCACUGGGAAAGGAGCGGUCACCAGUGCUCCAAAUGUAGGCUACAGUUUUUAACCUUCAAGGAGAAAAUGGAGCACAAGACCCAGUGUCACCAAAUGUUUCAGAAGCCUAAACAGCUAGAAGGGUUGCCUCCUGAGACGAAGGUCGUGAUUCAGGUGUCCUUGGAGCCUGUCCAGUCAGAAUCUGUGAAGGCCGCAGCAGUCGUUGUGAGCACAGCCGACUGGGAGCCGGCUUCCCCCGGAUCUCUGGGCAGACCUUCAAAUAAGUCCCCUCAGUCCUAAGUCAGAACCCUUCAUAGAGGCAAGAGGACAGACUAUACAUUUGUUACUUGUUAGUACCCAAGGUGAAAAACCGAUGAAUAAUCAGAUGGGUUUUUUCUUUAGUUUUUUGAUGA